AUGUCUUGGGUCAGCCACAACGUGGAGUCUUUUUCGAAGCUGCAAGGAAAUUUAAUUGCAGUUAUAAAACUGUUUCAAGGCAUUGAAAAUCAGCCGAAGAGAAGGGAGGUAAAGGAGAGGUUGUUCGUGCUGCAGCGAUCCUCAAUCAUAACCCUAGCAAAGGGAAUGCAAUGCUUAAAGUCAACGUGCAUUGAAAAUGCACAAUUUCAAAUUUCUCGACCAAUAUGGAACAAUGAUAGAUCUCUUUUGUUCGAUGGAAAAAUUGAGAUAUUUCCAUUUACUGAAAAAGUUCCAGAAAUGCGGUCAAGAGAUAAUCGUGUUGCUGGCACAUUGGAAACAAAACCAAUACAAUCUAUAACAAAAGAAGUUAUAAGAAGUUGUUUGAUUAAUCAGAUUAUCCCAGCAAUCAAAGAAAAGUGGCCACAUAAAAAAUCUAAACAUAUUUUUAUCCAGCAAGACAAUGCGAAACCACACAUUAAGGGGGAUGAUGCAGAAUUCAUAAAUGCUGCAACUACAGAUGGUUUUCAUAUUGUUCUCAUUCAACAACCUCCUAAUUCUCCGGAUAUGAAUGUUAACGAUUUAGGAUGGUUUCGAGCGAUUCAAAGUUUACAAACAUAA